AUGCUGGUCACAGUCGUGCUGCUGAAAGACGCGGUGUUCGAUGUGCUUGUCGUAUUGCUCGUAGGUGAGAGACUCAGGGUGAAAGAUCCCCUCGUGCUGCUCAACGUCGUAGAGCUCGAUUUCGACGUGAUGCGAAGUGUGGAGGUGGCGGUGCUGGACGUGCUGCGCAAAGACGUGAUGCUUGCUGCGUCGGUUGUCUCACUCGUUGAUUUGAGGCUGCUGGUGCUGGGCCCCGUAUUGGUGCGCAACGGCGAGGUGCUUGAUCCCGUCGUGCUGCUCAGUCGCGAAGUGCGGGCCUCCAGCGUGCUGCUCAAAGACGUGGUGGUCGUUGCACUGCUCGUCUUGCUCGUGACUGUGAGGCUGCUUGUGCUGGAUCCCGCCGUGCUGCUCAACGUUGUGGCGUUUAAUCCCGUUGCGUUGCUCAGUGUCGCGGUGUUGGUCGCAGUCGUGCUGCUUAAAAGACGCGGCGUUCGGCUGGGCCCCGCCGUGCUUCUCAACGUCGUGGCGCUGGACUGCGUCGCCCUGCGCGGCGUCGCGGAGCUGGCCCCGGGCGCGCUGCUCGGGUUCGUGAUGCUCGUUGCGCUGCGCGUCGCGCUCGUGGAUGUGAGGCUGCUGGUUCUGGCGCUCGUCUUCGUGCGCAACGUGGUGCUGGUUGCACUGCUCGUCUCGCUCGGGGAUGUGAGGCUGCCAGUGCUGGGUCCCGUCGCACUGACCGACGUCGUAGUCGAGGUGCUGGUCGCAGACUUGCUGCUGAUAGAUGUAUUGAUCGAUGCGCUGCUCGUCUCAUACGUAGGUGUGAGGUUGCUGGGGCUGGAUUCCGUCGUGCUGCUCAUCGUGGUUGUGCCCGAAUUGGUCGUCCUGCGCGGUGUUGUGGAGCGGGGCUCGGGCGUGCUGCUCAGAGACGUGGUGCUCGUUGCGUGCCGGCCCCUGGCGUGCUGCUCGACGACGUGGUGCCUGUCGCACUUCUCGUCUCGUUCGUUCGUAAAUCUGAGGCUGAUGAUGCUGGUCCCCGUCGUGCUGCUCAAGCACGUGGUGCCCAACUCCGUCGCGAUGCUCAGCGUCGAGGUGCUGGUGGCAGACGUGCUGCUGGACGACGUGGUGUUCAAUGCGCUGUUGCUUUCACUCCUAGGCUUGGGGCUGCUUGUGCUGGAUCCCGCCGUGCUGCUCGACCUCGUAGUGCUCGCUGUUGUCGUGCUGCGCGGUGUUGCGAUGGUCCCGCGCGUGCUGCUCGAAGCCGUGCUGCUCAGCGUCGAGGAGCUCGUCCCUGACAUGCUGCUGAAAUACGUGGUUAUCGUUGCACUGCUUGUCUCGCUCGUGAGCCUGAGACCGUUUAUGCUGUGUCCCGUCGUUCUGCUCAUCGUCGCGGUGCCCGACUCCGUCGCGUUGCUCAGUGUCGCGGUGUUGGUGGCAGACGUGCUGCUGGAAGACGUGGUGUUCGGUGCGCUGCUCGUCUCACUCGUAGGUGUGUGGCUACCGAUGCUGCGUCGUGUCUUUCUGCGCAUCGUUGUGGUGCUCGACUCCGUCGUGCUGCGCGGUGUCGGCGAGCCGGUCCCUGACGUGCUGCUCAAAGACGUGAUGCUCGUUGCGCUGCUCGUCUCCUUUGUAGAUGUGAGGCUGCUGGUGCUGGAUCCCAUCAUGUUGCUCAACGCGUUGGUGCUCGUCUCCGUCCGGUGUUGCUCGGCGAGCUGCUCGUGGGCGCGGUGCUCAGAUCCCGUCGCGCUGCUCAACGUCGUGGUGCUCAACGUCACCAUGCUGCUCAGUGUCGGCGAGCUUGCCUGGUGGGCUGGCCGCGACCGUGAGGGCAAGGUGGAUGCGGCGUGCGCUCGCCUUGGUCAGGCUUUCAAGCGGCGCGUUGGAGUGGGGCGCUGCGGAGCUUGGUCCAGUGGUUGCAGUGAAACGUACGAGCCGACGCAGGCCGAGACCGUCGAGCACCCCGUGACGCCG